ACUGAAAGCAAACAGAAGAGUGUUUUGCCCUAUGCUCUAAAUCUCCCUCCGCAUUCACAUCACUAAUAAAACAAGGGGGUGGGUGAGGUGCUGUGCUGUGCUAACCAUUUAUUUUUCACCAGCAACAGAAGGCAAGACACAGAAACAGAUCAGACGACUUUCUCUUGCUUUUCCUAUUUCUAGUAGAGGACCCGGCAGUGAAGGGGAAAUGAACUGGAGAUUACACUUCAGAGUCUCUGUGGGAACACAUGUACUUCGUGCUGCAAAUUUUGAGAGAUUAAUGGGUUGGAGGUAUUUCUGGAUAUGUGCUCAACAACAUCAUUACAGGAGCUCUUCUGAUUCUACAGCAUGUAAAAAUAGGCUCGUAGUUUCAUUAAGACCUGCCUUCUGCCUUCCAAAUGGAUAUUUAUUACAACCCAGGAUUCCAGGAGAUAACAUUAAAAAAAAUGCAAGCACGUCUGGUGUCAGAAGGAUCCAGGAAGUGAGGCCAUUUUCCCUAUCCACUGCUCCAAUGCUGUUCUUUGGAACUGGUAAAGGAGGAGAUAAUAGUGGAAAGGAGAAGCUCACCCUGAAAAAUGUGACAGAAUUAAUUCAGAAGAAAGAAUGCCAAAGGGUAGUGGUGAUGGCUGGAGCAGGACUCAGCACUCCCAGUGGCAUCCCAGAUUUCAGGUCCCCUGGAAGUGGGCUAUACAGUAACCUGCAGCAGUAUAAUAUUCCAUAUCCGGAAGCCAUCUUUGAGCUUAACUACUUUUUCCACAACCCUAAGCCUUUCUUCAUGUUAAGCAAGGAACUGUACCCUGGCAAUUAUAGGCCUAAUUAUGCCCACUACUUUCUCCGACUUUUGUUUGACAAAGGGCUCCUGCUGCGUCUGUACACCCAGAACAUUGAUGGACUGGAAAGAGUUGCUGGAAUUCCUCCAGAUAAAUUAGUUGAGGCUCAUGGCACAUUUGCUACAGCUACUUGUACUGUCUGUCGAAGAUCAUAUCCUGGUGAGGACUUCAGGGGGGAUGUGAUGGCUGAGAAGAUCCCCAAAUGUCCCGUGUGCACCGGAAUAGUCAAGCCGGACAUUGUGUUCUUUGGAGAAGAGCUCCCUCAUCGGUUCUUCUUGCAUGUGACAGAUUUUCCUAUGGCAGACCUGCUGUUUAUCAUUGGAACCUCUCUUGAGGUGGAGCCUUUUGCUAGUCUAGCAGGCGCAGUCCGUUCUUCUGUUCCACGUGUACUGAUCAAUCGUGAUUUGGUGGGGCCAUUUGCAUACCAGCCACAACAUAAUGAUGUGGCUGAACUGGGAGAUGUCAUCAGUGGAGUGGAAAAAGUGGUGGAAUUCUUGGGCUGGAAGGAAGAGUUGCAAGAACUAAUCAAGAAAGAAAAAGCAAAGUGAAACUCUUGAUAUUUCCCGUUUUAAGUCAAGAAAUAUUUAUAAUAAGGGCUAUUUAACAAUAGAAACCAAGCAGUUCAAAAUAAAGUCGAAAGGUUACAGUAAGAUAACAGGCCUUAAGGUAUUUAUUCAUCCUUGUGGAUACUAACAUCUCCUACAUAAAGGAAUCAAGGGGAGUCUUCGUGUCAUUUUUUUAUAAAGAGUAACAGUACAGCUGGAUGCAAAAGGCAAAUAGAAAUUCUGACCUUUGCCAGUGCAUGUGAUGUGAUGAAAGCAGAGGUUUGGAGGAAAAGGUGCUGCGCCUCUUAGUAAAAACUAAUAGAUCAUAAAAAAUAAGAAUUAUUUGGAGAGCCAUUUGAAUAUCUUCCAAGCAUCAACAAAGGACUAUUUGCAAAUGGUGAUCAAAUAUGAGGUUGUAGAACUGGUUUUCACAGAAAAAGAGACUUGGAUGAAGAGAGAAGAAAGUUCAACAUAGAUGCUACCUCUUCCAUUUCUACUUUUUUCUGUUUGGAUUCUUGGAAUGCUUGAUAAAGCAUGACAGAUAGUUUGUUGUUUCACUUGUAACCUUUUCUGGAAUAGCUUUUCAUCAUCUGGCCUUGCUGAAUGCCCGACAUUUACAUGCUUUUGAUAUCAUGCAGGUAAAAUGAAAUGAUACUGAAAUUUUCAUCAAAAGUGAUGGGAAUCCAGCUGUUGAGUCUCAUCUGCUGCUAUAGUUGCUGUGAAGAUCAAUUUGGAUACAGGGUCUUACAAUAAUGUGAUAUAUAUUAAUUUGCAGUAUAUCUUUGUAACAUGCAAAGAUAAGUUGAUAUCUGUACAUUUACAUUUUUAAUGAGAAAUAGCACAUAAACUAUUGCUGCCCGAGUUAAAGUUAAUGCAGAUGGUUUUUGAACUGGCAAAAAUAUUCAUCAAGCAGCAGCAAGUAUUAAUCAGAAUAAAAGCACCUUUCAACCCUC